AUGCAGAUGAUUAGGCUAGUGUUUGGUAUUAUAGUCCUUUUGGCUAUAUUCCGUUUUCCGGCGAUUGAAUCUCGGAGUCACCAUGGUUUGGCGAAAGCCGGGAUUCAAUUCUCAGCAUUAAAUUGCCGUAAACACAGUGCGGUGCUAACUGAUUUUGGAGGUGUCGGAGAUGGGAAAACGUCUAACACAAAAGCAUUCAAAAAUGCCAUAAGCAAGCUCAGCCAAAUGGCAAACGACGGCGGAGCUCAACUCGUAGUUCCUCCCGGAAAAUGGCUCACUGGAAGUUUUAACCUAACCAGCCACUUCACUUUGUUCAUCCAAAAAGGUGCCACCAUCCUUGCAUCUCAGGAUGAAUCUGAAUGGCCAGUGGUCAGUUCACUGCCAUCGUACGGAAAAGGAAGAGACGGGACCGGUAACGGAAGAUUCAACGCUCUCAUCUCCGGUUCAAACCUAACCGACGUGGUUAUCACCGGUAACAACGGGACGAUCAACGGACAAGGACAAUACUGGUGGGAUAAAUUCAAGAAGAAGGAGUUCAAGGUGACUAGACCGUACUUGAUCGAGCUCUUGUUCUCCGAGAACAUUCAGAUCUCGAACAUCACUUUGAUCGAUUCUCCGUCGUGGAAUAUUCAUCCCGUCUACUGCAAGAACGUCAUCGUCAAAUCCAUCACCAUUCUCGCUCCCGUCACUGUUCCCAACACCGACGGAAUCAAUCCAGAUUCAUGCACAAACACACUGAUCGAAGACUGUUACAUAGUCUCCGGCGACGACUGCAUCGCCGUCAAGAGCGGCUGGGACCAGUACGGAAUCAAGUUCGGAAUGCCGACACAGCAUCUCUCGAUCCGACGGCUCACAUGCAUCUCCCCGAAAAGCGCAGGAGUAGCGUUAGGAAGCGAGAUGUCCGGAGGAAUCAAAGACGUAAGAAUCGAAGACGUGACUCUGCUCAACACGGAAUCAUCCAUCCGUAUCAAAACCGCCGCGGGACGUGGCGGUUGCGUCGAAGACAUUUUCGCGAGGAGGAUAACGAUGAAGACGAUGAAAUACGUUUUCUGGAUGAGCGGGAACUACGAUCAGCACCCCGACGAGGGAUACGAUCCCAAGGCGUUGCCGGUGGUUACCAAUAUCAAUUUCCGUGAUAUGACGGCGGAGAACGUUACGCAGUCGGCCAGACUCGACGGGAUUGAUAAAGAUCCGUUUACGGGUAUUUGUAUCUCGAACGUGACUAUAGCUUUGACGGAAAAGCCAAAGAAGUUGCAAUGGAACUGUACGAAUGUGGCUGGAGUUACGAGCAGAGUUACGCCGGAGCCUUGUAGUUUGUUGCCGGAGAGUAAAGCUUCCGGGAAGGCUGCGGACUGUAAGUUUCCGUCUGAUUUGAUUCCGAUCGAGAGUGUUGUAUUGAAGAAGUGCUCUGUUUGA